AUGCAUAGAUUGGUGUUACAGAAAUCUGUCAGAGUGUCAGGUGUUAGUAAGUGUCGUCACAUUACACAAGUGUCAACAGACCGGGUCUGGAUCAGUGAUUAUAAAGGCAAUCUCAUCUUAACAAAUACGAAUGGUGACAAACUAGAUCAUGUGACAGAUUUAACUGAAUAUGGUGGUGGAACACAUACUGUGACUGAUGAAGGAUAUUUAAUUUAUAUAGACAGUAACCGUGACAUCAACAAACUGUCUAACGAUCAAGUUAAGACCACAGUGAUACCGUGCACAGAACCAUGGGAACCAUACUGUGUCUACAGCUCCCCCUCUACUGGAGACCUGCUGGUCGGGAUGAAGAAUACUGAUACAAGGAUAUGCCAGGUAAUCCGUUACACUAACACAGGACAACACAUACAAACCAUACAGCAUGACAAUACAGGUCAGGAACUGUAUAGUUAUCCUAUCUACAUCACAGAGAACCGCAAUGGAGAUGUCAUUGUGUCUGACUAUUGGGAUAGUGCUGUAGUGGUGACAGACAGUAGAGGCAGAUAUCGCUUCUCCUACACAGGUCCUACAUCAGGAUCACAACUAGAUCCAUGGGGAAUCUGUACUGACGCACUGUCACACAUCCUGGUGUGUGAUCUUAACACCAAUACAGUACAUAUCAUUGACAAAAACGGUCUCUUUCUGUCACAGUUAGAGCCAAAACAACACGGGAUAGACAGACCACUGGGCCUGAGUUAUGAUGACAACACCGGGUCUUUAGUGGUUGGAUCUAAGGACAGCAACACAGUGAACAUCUACAGACUUAUCCAUGGAGGGGAUAAUCUGACUGAUCCAAGCAGUGAUGAUAUAAAUAAAGUGGAUGAGUUGAAGAAGUUUCUGAGGAAGGAGAAGACAACUGUUUCCCAUGCCAGAGGAAUACUUGUUGGAUGUGCUGAGGCUGGAAAAACAACGCUACUGAAGAGAUUAAGAGGGCAAACUCUAACUCUAAAUGAAAUAACAGAGUCCACCAGGGGACUGGAAGUCCAUCAACAUCUCUAUAUUGUUAGAGAUAAAGUUUUAGAAGUGGCUGAUGAUGACUCCCCAUUGAAGACAUUUAUCAGGAUAAACGCUGCAGAUUUAAAACCAGACCUGAGCAGUGCAGUUGACAGCUCCAAUACAAAUCAACAAGGGGACAACCUGGAAAUGAAAAAUACUGAUAAAGACACUGAAGUUAUUCAUAGCACAGAGGAAAAGAAAGAAGAGAAAGUAGAGUUAUCUAGCCCACCAACUAAACGCAGAAAAGAAGAGAACUCAGUAGAUGUAAUGGCCAGUGCUCUCUCCUCAGAAGCUACAGCUAUGGUGAAGCAUGGAAUUUUUCAGAAAAUCUUGUCUAAUAAGGAAAAAUUACCGACUGUUAGCAUGCUGGAUUUCGCUGGCCAGUUAGCUUAUUAUGCCUGUCACCAAAUUUACGUAACACCAAAGGCCUUCUUCAUUCUUGUGUUGGACAUGACAAAGAAGUUUGAAGAUGUUGUUGAUAAAGAUAGGGAUAACCAGGAAGGAUCAAUCUUCUCUGUGUGGACUUACAAAGGUAAAACAUUCAGCAACUACUUAUAA